AUGAGUUCACUGGUUGCGAAGGGACAGGCUUUGGUGCCUAAGCUGUGGACUCCAAAACAGAGUGCAGGUCGCAUUGAUGAAGUCAUCCCGGAGGUUUCUGAAGAUGGAGCUGCAUCAGAGUCCUCUAGUGGAGCAAUUGUCGCUAUCACAUUUGUAUCAGCAAUCAACAGAUCCGUCACUGGAUCACUCGUCGUCAUGGCUGCCAAAGGCCAAGCUGAUUUAUUGGACUGCAUAGACUGGCCAUCGGUGGAGUGCCUGAACGCAAAACCUGGGAAGAAUGUAGAUAAUGCAAUCAAGCAGGGUUAUAGAGAGGACGAUGGCUUGUUUUUAGAAAGCGACGUUGAUGAGCAACUACUGGUCUACGUCCCAUUCAACCAAGUUGUGAAGCUUCAUUCAAUUCUGAUCAAGGGUCCCGAAGAAGAAGGACCCAAAUGCAUAAAGCUCUACUCAAAUAGGCCGAACAUGGGAUUCAGCAAUGUGAGCGACAUACCGCCGAGUGACACCAUCAAUCUUACAGCUGAUCAGGUUCAGGAAGGGAAGGCAACACCCCUGAAAUACGUGAAGUUUCAAAAUGUCAGAAGUCUUACUAUAUUCAUCGAGAGCAACCAGUCGGGUGAUGAUGUGACUAAGGUUCAGAAGCUGGCCAUACUUGGAAGCACUGUUGAGACCACCAACAUGAAAGACCUGAAGAAAAUUGACGACAAACAAGGCUAA